CUUCCACAAAAAAAGAAAAUAAUAGUAAUAUAAUAAGACAAUGUAGUGUGAUGUUGCAGAGUAUCAUUGUGAGUGUUUUGUUUUGUUUUGUUUUCUGAGAUGCUUAGAAAAUGGUGAAUGUGUAACAGUUUCCAACUGAAGUGAAAUCAUAUUCUGUUAGCAUGGAGCAGCAGCACUAUCUUCCUGUCUACUCUAUAACGGUGUGUGAAUGUAUGCUAAUAUCUAUCUAUAUAUUAAAUGUUGGAUUUCUCUAUCAGUGAUCUAAGUGGUUUAGCAACUGGAAGUUUGUGUGUAUGUGUGUGUUUCAGGAGUGAAAAUUAUCCCACACUUACAGUGUUAUUUGUUAAUCAUCUACUUCUCUAACAGUGAUAAAAUCUUGCGAAUAUACUAAUGAUGCACUUGCCAUGUCAGAGUAAUCCCUAGAGAAGGAGUGCCGAAGUAUAAAGUGAUUUGAGUGGAAAUGUAUUUAAUUUAUGGCUUCAACUGAAUAAGAGCAAACACGUUUCGGGACUGUUUCUUCCGUUUUUUUUUUUUUUUUUUUUUUUUCCUUAAAGCAGUUUUGUUCGUAGCUUUUUCAUUUUGCUAAUUGCAUAUUAAUUGUGGAAGGCUUUUAAUUUUUCACAGCCCUCAUCCUACUAAACAAAAAGACAGAAUGAUGGAUGCUACAAUAUCUCCUUAAAUGUUUUGAUGAUUUUUCAUAAAUCUAAUGAGCUACCUACUCUUUCUUACACACACACACACACAUACACACACACACACACACACACCAGCACCACCUUUCUGUGCUAAGGGCUAUCUGGCAUUUUUUGUGAGCUUCCUGCUUUACCACAGCAUGGCCAUCUCACAGACGGGUUUUUGAGGCUUUCGUUGAGAAUGUGAGUUGCUGAAGUAAAGGAACCCUGCAGCCUUCCUAUGCUAUCUGUUGACAUGGAAAACAAGGAAAAUGGCUCUGUCGGUGUAAAAAAUUCCAUGGAAAAUGGGAGACCACCUGAUCCUGCCGACUGGGCCGUGAUGGAUGUCGUCAAUUAUUUCAGAACCGUGGGAUUUGAGGAGCAAGCUAGUGCUUUUCAGGAACAGGAAAUUGAUGGAAAAUCCCUGCUAUUGAUGACAAGAAAUGAUGUGUUGACAGGACUUCAGUUAAAAUUGGGGCCUGCUCUGAAAAUCUACGAAUAUCAUGUAAAACCUCUGCAGACAAAGCAUUUAAAGAACAACUCUUCAUAGUACAAAUUGGGGUCUUCGACCUCAAAAAAUACAUAAUGACAUAAUUUAGUUUCAUGUGAUGAAACUUUGUAAACAGAAUACAUACAUGUGUAUAUGUAAAGAAUUUCAAUCAAAUGAAACGUUAUCCUAUUGGAUAGACUAGGCAAUUCAUCAGCUGACCUGAAAUCAGCCAGGAGGAGCAAGGACAAGAUGCGCACAGGGUGGAUUUCCUCAUGGAGUUUGUCAAAUAGAAUGAUCUUUGACACGAUUAGACACUCCUCCCUACAAAGGCUUUGAAAUCAUAAGGAUUUUCCUCAUCUCUUUAUAGAUUGCUUUCCCAAAAUCUUUAUAAAAGAAUUUAAUUGAAUGACCAUCUUUUGGUUACAGAUGUAGAAUGAGUAAAAACAAGAAAAUUGGGGGAGGGGGAGAAAGACGAAAGGGAUUGCUGUCUCCCUUGAAUUCCUCUGCUCCUUAGAGCUUGUGUUACUUGGAUGGAAUUGCCGACACCCUUUUUUAUAGAGGGUUCUCCACUUGACCUUAUUAAGGUUUUAUUGGGAUAUGCUGCAGUGUUUGAAAUGAACAUGCAUCAGCCCCUUCAGGAGCAGAAUCAUAGCUCUGAAAAGAGAAGCUCCGUUGUGUACUGAGGAUAUCCAUCCAUAUUCAGCUAGCUUUCAAAUGGGGUAAUGACAUUUUCUGCAUAGAUUUUCUUUUAAAUUGGUUCUUUGUUUCUGGAGAAAGGAUUUUUUUUUAACUUCAUGGUUUUAUUUAUAAUAAUUUGUCUCUGAAGAAGUUUGCUGAGAGUUACAGGUCAAAAAGCCUUGUUACUAGUACAGAAUAUUUUUUUAUAUAUUCCUUCAUAAUGGUGUAAUUUUUUAAAUUGUCCUAUGCUUUGUUCAGUUCCUGGGUUAAGUACUUGUUUUUAAGAGCUUGGAAAAAGUGGGCUUGCUACAUCUCUGUUCAAAGAGACAUUUGUUCAAUCUCUGUGUGUCAACGCCUUGUUGAAUUGGUGCUUUGUGUUUGCAAUAAAGCAUUGCUUCAGUUUCUUGCCA